AUGGCGGUGGAUAAUUGGACCAUAAAUCUAGAAUGUGAUGGGAAAGCUCAAGGACAUAAACAUGUGCAAAGGGAAAUGGAUAGAGAUGAGAUAUGCUUUUUCGACUUGAUUGAUCUGAUCGAGGGUUCUGGGUACACAUCAGUCGACUAUCUAUACUACAAGAGAAAAGAUAGCUUGGUUGUAAUACAACAAGAUUAUGAUGUGAUGGAAAUGCUCAACGAGUGUGAUGGUGAUGAAGUACCUGGUAAACGAAAGGGAACCGUUUUAACACAUGUUUGGGAUCUACUUGGAGGAGAUCGGAUAGUAACAAAGUUCUUAUAUCCUCAUUCAUGUGAGAAAUGGAUAUUGAAAUCAAUUGGAAGAGAUUGGAGAAAAUACAAGGCAACAUUAAAAAAGUCACUAUUUAAUCCAAAGAAGAAAAAGUCUAUUUUGAACAAGUGUUGUCCAGAUGAUAUCGAUGAAGAUCAAUGGAAGGCCCUAGUAAAAUAUUGGAAGUCCAGCGAAGAACAAACCCUAAGUGAGAAGAACAAAAUAAGUUUUCAAAUGAAGAAGACAACACACACAGCCGGUACAAAGAGUUAUGCUCGUUGGUCUGAGGACAUGGUUGAACUGGAAAAUCUCCUAGACACACAACCAGAGUUAGCACAAAAUAGUGAGGGAGGAGUUGCAUGGGAAGAGACUCACAUAUUGGAGGAAAUAAGGCAACUCAAAGAGCAUUCUAGAAUGCAAGACAAAGCUAUUGAAGAACUAAAAAAUAAUCAAAGGCACCAUGAGAACCAAGAAGCAACAAUGGGAAAUUGUGCUAGGAGUGAUCAUAACAAUUCUCAGAAUCAAGCGGUGCUUUCUAAAAGAAAGAGAGUUCACUGUGUUGCACCUAACCAGAAUGAUGGAUUCCUUGAACACAGGGAUGAAUUGAAUAAAGAAACAUGUGAGUCUGAAUAUAGUGAUGAUGAAGUCUACUUUUAUCCACCACAGGUAAAACAACAAAGAAACAAAAGGGUCAUCAUGGAGGGCCUCUUGAUGUACAACUAA